UCCACUUUAUUGGUUAUUCAGUGAUUGUAACACUUCAAGUGUUAGCAGUGGACUCUUCAAAUAACUGAUACAAUGUUAAUUUCAAUCAAAAUGUUCGUUAACAUUUUAUUGAUCUUUGGUAUUGUGGUCGUUGCGCAGUCGCACGAGCAUACAAGUAGCGAAGGAAAUAAGCCCAUCCUUGUGCUUCAACCAGAUCUUGUAUCACUGAUCACGAGAAAAGAAGAGAUAUGCGUGAGAGAGUCAGGUGCCAGCCCUGCUGUAACGCAUCAACUCUUACCGUGGAAGCUGGAAGAAAGUGAGGUUAACGGAAAAUUCUUACUAUGCCUCGCUAAAGAAAUGGAAUUCUACGAUAAAGAUGGAAAAGUUAUGGUUGACAAGUUCAUUGACCUCUUCUACGACUCCCUGAAGUCGCAAGAUGUGGAAUUGUAUAGAAUAUUGUUGGCUCGUUGUAACGAACUUACUGGACCGAACGAUUAUUACACUAUAUACAAAAUCGCUAACUGCUUCUAUACAAAAUCACCUGUUAAAAUUGCAUUGCACGUGCUUGUAUAUUAAAUGUUUAUCUAACUUUUUGU